AAAAUCUCGCGCUAAAAAUAAAAUAAAUAAAUAAAAAUGGUGGACGCGCGGUUCUUUUGAAAGGGCUCUAAAGUUGAUCAACAAAUAUUAAAUAUUUGGGUCACCUUCGUAUUUUGUGAAUCAACGCCUACAGUGAUUGGAAAUAAUUUGUGGAACCAUGGACACAGUGGAGACUCGAUUCGCCCAUUUGUUGCAGCCUAUCCGGGAGCUCACGAAAAACUGGGACAUUGAUGUGGCCUCGGAGUUGGCAGAUUAUCUGGAGGAGUUGGAUGAGAUGUGCAUCUCCUUCGAUGGGGGCAAAACCACUCUGAACUUUGCAGAGGCAGCGCUGCUCAUCCAAGGCUCAGCAUGCAUUUACAGCAAGAAGGUGGAGCAUCUGUACAACCUGGUGUACCAAACUCUGGACUACAUCAACGACAGAAACAAGAAGAAAGAUAAACGAGCAGUGACAUCUGGAGAGGAUGACCUGGAUGGGGCCUCAUCCAACAAUGCUAAUGAUGACGGCGGGUUUGACUCCUUAGACCAGGAUACAACAGAUGUCUCACUGAAGUCAGAGAUGAAGAAUGAGACCAACAUGAAUGUGGACGUGGCCCCUCUUCCCCCUGAGUCUCUGAUUCCUCCUGAGGCGUUUGAGAAACAGAAGCUGCUUCUCAUCAGUCUGAAGGGAGAGGUGCUGGGCAGCUGUAAGGACUUCAGGAUGAACACGUUCACUCCGGACGCCCUCGGUAUCAUCCGCCUCUUCCUGGCCUCCUCUCAGUCCCACUUCCUCAGGGACGCCCUGUCUGACGCACCCCUGGCCCCAGUCACCCUGUUCGAGCACCAAGGUGAUGCAGAGCUUGCAGCAGGGGAUGCCGGGGCGGGCGUUGCUGGGGAGGAUGGUGGUGAUGCCGGUGCGGAGAACUUCCUGCCCCUGGAGGACAACGGGAUGGAGAUGGACCAGGGACCUGAGGAACAUAUUGACAGACACCGGGCCCCCAGUGAAGGGAGGAUGUUGAGGGAGAGGAAAGGAGUCCAGCAGCUCUCUGAGGAGGAGCAGGACAAACAGAGGAUGGAGGAGGAGAGGGCUCAGACGGCAAACAUAUGGAGGUUACAUGACCUUUAUGAUACAGUCGGAGAGGACAAGCCUCUGAAAACAGGAAAAUGUUAUAAGGUUCCUCCAGGUCUUGAUGAUUCUGGGAAGAGGAAAAGGAAAGGCCCCUCUGCGCUGCAGGACUUCUGGACCUGGUACACUGGCACCUAUGACCCCCCUGAACCAAGGCUAAAGAAUGGACCCACGUAUACAGACUUGAACUACAUCUAUAUGAGUAAAAUGAAAGACAAGCUGAAGACCCGGAAAAGGAUUCUUAGAAAAACGGGUGUGUUUGUGUCUGAUGAGGAGCUGAGAAGGACGUACCUGCAACUGGACGAGAGAGAAGAGGAGGAGGAGUCAGAGGGCCUCAGACACCACGACCCGCUAGGCCUGCACGAUGACCUCUCUGACAACGAACAUGACCCUUUGACUGAUGAAGCCCCGGCUGACUUCAUACCAGGGGCAGACAUGGACGGACUGAGUUACGAAGACCUGGUGAAGAAGAGUGUGGAGCAGUUCCUGGUGAAUUCCCAGGGUUAUGCCCAGGAGACAGCGCUGUCGAAAAGAGUGAAGGAAUGGGAGGACAAAAUACGACCGGAGCUCACCUAUCAGGAGGAGCGUCCUACCUUUGACAUCCAUGACUAUGGGGACAGGAUCGUAGCAGCGUUGAGCAGUGUGGGCCAGAGGAGGACCUUCGCCUCUGUAGUCCAUGGCAUGGACAACUUCGAGGCCUGCAAGUACAUGCUGGCUUCCCUUCAGCUGGCCAAUGACUACACAGUGGAGAUCGACAGGAGUGAGGGUCUCGAGGAAAGCAUUGACACCAUGGGACUCACUCUGCUCAGCAAACACAGGGCCAACCAACGAUUCAAGAAUGCCCUUGCAUCAGCAGCAACCUCAGACCCUAUAUGACCCAGACCCAUUCAUCUCCUGAACCUGAUCAUGUGUGUGUGAGCUCUUGCCUCCUACUCAGUGGGGACUACAUUUUUACAUUUUUUAAAAUUUUUAGUCAUUUAGCAGACGCUCUUAUCCAGAACAACUUACAGUUAGUGA